GACUGGCGAUUCCAAUGCCUGGCCAAUGUGCACAUAAUCUUUGAUUAAAUUUUCCCGAUAAAUUUCUAGUAAAAGAUCGAGUUCGUGAUCCUCUGUUUGUAGAUAUUCGGGAGUAGAAGCCUCGAUCAACGAUGCUUCAUCAGCAGUCACGAUGAAAUUUAUAACCUUCAAAAACACGAACAAAACUACGAUGUACAAUCGCAACCACCUGCUCCGUAACAGCAUAUUGGCAAAUUAACGCCAAACCGAAAUUUAACUUCUGUUCUGUAAUGGCUUCCAACGAUGACUAACAGAAUUCUGAUUCGUUACACAUGCAACAAGGUAGAUUUGCUCAUCUGCCCACGGACAGAUCAGAACAGUAUAUUAUCCAUUCGCAUACAGCAUUUCUUAAUAUCUGUAAUUGUGCUAGUGAACAGCAGUAAUGAAAUGAAACAGGCGCAGUCGCAUACGUUUGAUAUUGUAGUUGCCAUGGCACCAAAGGGUCCAUUGCAGAAAAUAAAAUUUGCAUUCAUUCAGAGGAGACUAUCAGGUGGUAAAACAAAACUGAUUGAGGUGAAAUCCUGUUAGCUGAAAUGGAACUGGAAUUAACGCGUGUUGAUUACAUCAACGUAGGGUUAACGGGUCCAAACUGCCUGCAGCUACUACCACCGAUCGGUAGCACCGGAGGCACGAGCGGUUACAAGCAACAGCAAAAAGUCGCAAUCGGUGACCAGGAGGGUGUGUUACAGGUUUUUUCGAUGAAAAAGGACGAACUACAAAUGCAUUUCAAGACAUUACCAAGUGAACGCAUCGCCUCGGUAAAGCUUGGAGGACAAUCAGGCUCGGUAGCCGACAAGAUCUUUACCGCCUCCGAAAACAAGGUGCGAGGGUUCAAUAAGAAGGGCAAGCUAUUCCUCGCUUUUGAGACGAACCUCACAGAAACCAUCAGGUCGAUGUGUGUGAACGGCAGCGAUCUGCUGGUGUGUGGUAACCACGUGUACAACCAUUAUAGAGAUUGCAAGGAAAUUGGAUCGUAUCUUUGCGGUGAUGUUAUUGUAGAUGUAGCAGCACUCUGUCCGAAUAAUACCAGCCGGUUAAUAACUGUACUGGCUUGCUCAGGGCGAGUUUUACGCGUCCUAGAACAUUCCCGCGUCCGUCAAACACUGGAGCUGGACAGUGUGCCAACAGUGCUGUACGUUCCCAAAGGCAUAGGUAAUCGUCUGCUGUGCGGAUUUAGCGAUGGAAGUGUGCUUCUUUUUCACCUGAACCUACAGGUUACAGAGGUAAAGCGCGAGGUGCUGGUUUCAGAUCAACUGUUAAAGGGAGGGUCAGACCGCGGUGACGGAUGCUCUAGUGCAGUCACAUGUUUGAUCACAUAUGAUCUAGCCGGUGAUGGAAAGGAAGAACUUAUUGUCGGUUACCGCGAUGGUACUUUAAGGGUAUUCACGAUGCAUUCGGACGAGUAUCAGUUUGACAUGGAAUGCACACAGAUUUAUAGCGAAAGCUUUAACGAAAGCAUCUCAAGCGUUCAAGGGGGCUGCGUCGGCGCUACAAACUAUACGGAGAUUGUAGUGUGCACAUAUUCAGGCCGAGUCUUUGGUUUAACAACGCAAUGCAUUAGUAAAUGUCUUAGCGAUAGUGGACACUUUGCCGAUCGUGCUACACCGGUUAUCGUUGGUCAACCGAUCGAUCCAUCGGCAAAGCUGCAGCGUAUCAAGACGGAAAUUUAUGAGCUCGAGCAGACGAUCGCCAAGGAACGCGAGCGAUACCAACUUUCUACCCAGGCCUUGUCUACAGGACUUUCCGCAAUUCCGAUGCUACCUGUGAACGAUGCAUUCAUGCUUUCUAAAAGCGAUGCUACUUAUCUACUAUCACUAGAAAUACCUACACCCAUUGAGCACGUGUUAUUACAGUGUGAUGCUCCACUCAGUUUGCUCGAUGUGGAGAAAAAUAGUGCUGUGGUCAGUUUUAGCGAAUGUGAUAAGCUGAGUGGCAAUAGUCUGUUAGCCAGCUAUCGCUGCCAGCUGAACACGAACCGCAUAGAUUUGAUGUUUCGUACGAUUGAGGGUCAAACUGGAACGCUGCAGGUAUACAUUACACCCAAUCUUCAGCCCAAAUGUUGCCAAUUGAAGCGUUACCACAUAAAGCCGCUGUCACUGCAUGCCAUCAUCCACAACGCAACGGAUACAAUGUUGGCUCGCCCGAUGAAUACCCUCACAUUGAAGGGCACUUUCAGUCAGGCGGAAGUGCACAACUGGAUGAUCAAUAGUAUCCCCGAGCUACCGGAAAAGCUGCAUGAUAGUGGCAAGGUGCGGCACACGUUCCAGCACGUCUUCAUCGGCACACUGCUGGUAUGUGAAUAUGGUAAAGGGGAAGCGAGUUUCCGCAGCGACAACAUAUCCACCAUAUCGAUUCUGAAAGAUUUCAUUACCAAAGAGGCGACUAAAAAACGUAUAAAGUUAGAAAUAUCCACUUCUAUAAAUGAAUCCACCAUUCCAUCGUUGAUCAAAUUAAUUGAACCGAAAAUCAUGCAUUACAACAGACUUACCAAAGAUUGUCAGAUGGCACAAGCCCUGGUCGAUUUGGAUAUACGUGAUGAGUCCGAAUUUAAGAUGCUUUCAAAGGAGUACCAGAAGUUGAUUCGUAAUCAGCAAUUCAUUGACGAAGAAUUUCGGAAGCAACCGACAGUUCUCAAUCGGAUUUAUGGCAUCCUAACCGAUCUGUACAUCGAUAAGUUUAAAUUCAAAGGAGUUAAUGUUAAAGCAAAACUUCCACUGCUGAUCGAUUUGCUAGAAAAUUAUUCCUACGACGAAUUGGUCCGUUUUUAUACGGCAGAAAAAGCCGAAGAAGGAGCUAAUAAAGACUAAAGGAGUAGUGUGUGUGUGUGUGU